AUGCCACACCAUGCCCCGUACGUGCGGCCAAACAAAUUACAAGGAAAUUGCGUCACCUGCAGGAAUUUCCAGUCAACAUUGUCAAAUGUCAUCAAAAGUUGUUGGACAUGGUGUAACAUUAAUUUGACAUUUUACUGCACUGCGCCUCGUUGGUAG